AUGUCAACCGACCCCACCACCAACAAUACCACAACCACUCAGAACUACACCACCAACAAAAAGAUCACCAUCUGCACCCCAGUGGUCAAUCAGGGCACUGUGAACGACUCUCCGCAUUCUAGCGAGGCAGCUGCUGGUCAUUGCAGGUACAGCUCUCACGGAAACCUUCAGCUGGGCUACGUCUUGUCACAUACUUCUGAGCGGCGAACCGCAGGUGUAUUCGAGUGGAAGAGCAAGAUGCAUACUCCUGAUUUCGUGUACGAACCAACAACGACGGCGACAUUGUCCGUGAUGGUGGCUACUUUAGAGCCUACCGCCAUACCAUCCGUUUUCUACACACCCGCUGCGGAGCUCGCUGGUACCACACAUUCGGUCCUCAGCCAUACGUUUGCGCCAAACGGGGGAAUCUCAGAGUAUCGACCACCUCCUCGACCUCCGAACCUCAUCCAUUUUCCCGAAGGCGCAAGCGGAGACGAAACAGAUCCGGAGCGCAAAAAACAGAACAUAUCCAAGAGCUACCGAUUUGCGGAGAUGAUAGUAGCGAUCACCUUCGGCGGCUCCAUCUUCGUUGCGGGCGUGCUUUGGGCAGCCAUCAGCUUUUUCAUUCCAUUCAGGGAGUCGGUUGUCUGUGGGCAUAACUGCGGAUGUGAAGUCAACGAGGACGGCGAAGUGAUUCACCGUAACUUCCACCUCCCGGACACUGUGGACGAGGUUGCCCCAUACCGUAAGGUUUACGAAUGGAUCAUCCGACAAUGGAAGUCGCUCUUUUCCGGUGGCUCAAAAGGGGAUGCUGAAUCAGAUGUGGACGUCAAUCGUAACCGCCGUGUUCAGGACGAUGCGGUCGAUCACCGGCCUGAUUCGCAGUCGAAUGGCGACUCAGACCUCAUCGCGCCGCCACGUCCCAACGCAGCUCGUAUUUUACAAGGAGAGGGUCUUCUCACUCUACCGAGACCAAGCAGCUACGAUUCGGGUCUUCCGCAUUACAUGCGUAGCCCUCCUCUUCACGAGAGCUGGCCAUACCUGUCUGGCCCUGUUGAAGCAGGUGAGGAUCGUAAUAUCAGCUACACGGAUCCACGUGAGGCUGAUGAGUCCCGCGAAGGCAGGGUCACGUCGAACCAGACCACCCACAAGGGACACUCAGGUUCAAUCGCCCACGACCUCCUCACUUUCGACGAGAAUAGGAAGGGACAGAACUCGGAGUCACAGCAAGAGGACGAGCUACGAUCCCUGCACCGACGCUCUGGGACGGUGCUUUCAGGAGAAUCGGACGUUGGGGCCGCGCCGCAGGGGGAUGAACCGCUGCCACCUAUGACAUCUCGAUGUCCGACUCCAACCCGCGCACCGUCCGCCAGCUCCGGAUCCCCACCGGAUGCUAUCGUGUAA